CAGGGAAAAGCGCGCUACUGCCCGAGCGCAGCCAGAGGUUCCCAGGUCUCAGCCAGGAGUUCCCAGGGUACCGCGGCGCGCGGCGGAGCACAGCCGGGAGAGGAAGGGAAAGGAGAGGAGCCGCCGCGGGUCGGGUACCGCCUGGAAGCGCGCCCAGCUACCCCCGACGGACAGCCCGGUCCGGGCCAUGGCGGCUUUCCUGCAGCUCCUGUGUCUGGGCCUCGCCGCCGCCCAGCUGGCGGGAGCCCCAGAGGUUCUGCCCAGGGAGGAUGCCCAAGGACCUGAUCUUGCCCCGAGUCUAUCUCAGAGGAAGCUGGCCAGGCGUGCCCUUUCUCCAGAGGACAACAUGGAAGAUGGCCUUGCAGAGUGGACAUCCUGGUUCAAUGUGGACCACCCUGGGGGGGAUGGGGACUUUGAAAGCCUGGAGGCUAUUCGAUUCUACUACGGUGAGCGAUUGUGUGCCCACCCCUUGGCCAUGGAAGCCCGGACCACCGAGUGGGAAUUGCCUGCUGAUGUGGGUGAACGAGUGCACCACAGUCUUGAGAGGGGCUUCUGGUGCCUCAACCGGGAGCAGCCCGAAGGAAAGAGUUGUUCCAACUACCACGUCCGAUUCAAGUGCCCACUGGAACCUGUGGCCUGGUCUGCCUGGUCUGCCUGGAGUCCCUGUAGCCAGUCGACCUGUGGAGUCCGGAGUCGUGGCAUCCAGACCCGCCAGCGCCGAUGCCUUGGCCCUCAGCCCCUCUGGCUCCUUCAGCAGCCUCCAUGUGGGGGCCCAUCUGAAGAGCAGAAGCCUUGCUCUGCCCCGAUUUGCUCAGCUGCUUCAUGGAGUGAGUGGGGAGCAUGGGGGCCGUGCUCGGGGAGCUGCGGGCCCGGCCGUCGCCUCCGCCGUCGGCGCUGUCCAGGAUCCAAGAAGGACACAUGUAUAGGACGUUCUGUGGAAGCUCAGAAAUGCGUGCGACCAGCAUGUCCCGGUUGCCGUUCAAACUGUGGCCGAGAUGUAGCCAGCCAGGAUUGCAGCGGCUGUGUCUGCAAGGAUCAUGUUCUCCUGGGUACUGUGGUCACCCCUGCUGGUCGGCCUCUGCCUGGGGCCCGUGUGACCCUUAAGAGCCGCCCUAAGCCUGUCUUGGCUACCACGGAUGCCCGAGGCAGUUUCCGACUUGCAGGCAUCUGUUCUGAUGGCCACACUAACGUCAGUGUCCAGCUGGAGGGCUUUGCACAAGGCGUCGGCCAGGCUGUGGCCAACAGCUCCACCACGGCCUCUGUCACGGUCAUUCUCCGGACUCUGGAGAAGCCCUAUCUGGUGAAGCAGCCAGAAUCCCGUGUCCGAGAGGCUGGACAACAUGUGAUGUUCUGCUGUAAAGCUCUUGGAACGCCUGUGCCUAAGAAAUACUACUGGUACCACAAUGGGAGCCUGUUGGAUAGAAAGCUCUACAAAUAUGAUAGCAACCUGGUGCUCAGGAACUUGGAUCCGGAGCAGGCAGGCACCUACCACUGCAAAGCCAACAGUGAUGCUGGUACCAUCAAGUCCAAUACUGCUGUCCUGACUGUGCUCGCUCCAGGACAGCAAGUCUGUGACCCCCGGCCCCUUGAGCACCUCAUCAAGCUGCCGAAUGACUGCCGCCAGGCUGCUUCAGGAUCCGCCUACUACAAUGUGGGUCUCUGUCCGGAUACCCGCUGCCCUGGCCGACCUGGCUCCAACCUUCGCUGCGGGGAAUCUGGCGACCGCUGUUGUUCUGUGAGCCGUUUAGAGACCCGGGAGAUCCAGUGUAGGGGCUACGUCUUGCCUGUGAAGGUGGUGGCCAAGUGUGGGUGUGAGAAGUGCAUGCCCCCCAAGGUGCUGGUGAGGGGCCGAGUUGUGGCUGCUGACACCGAGGAACCCUUGCGCUUUGCGCAGAUCCUCCUAGGGAAGGAGAAAACUGGCUUCACCGGUUACCAAGGUGAUUUCACCAUCGAGGUACCCCCAGCCACCGAGCGCCUUGUUGUGACCUUCGUGGAUGGUCACCAGGAGUUUGUAGAUACAGUCAAAGUCUUGCCGUUUGACCCUCGGGGAGGUGGAGUUUACCAGGAGGUGAAGGUCAUGCGGAAGAAGGAGCCCAUCACUUUGGACGCUGGCCAGAGCAAUACCAUUCCCCUGGGCACAGUAGAGGGAUUGGACCCCGUAGGACAGAUCGUUAUACCGGCCAGCGCCUUCUACUAUCCGAAUGGAGAGCCGUAUAAUGGGACUGUGCAGGCCAGUGUUACUUUCCUGGACCCCCGUGACCUUGCCACAGCAGCUGCUGCUUCCAGUGACCUCAAUUUUGUGGAUGACAACGGGGAGCUAGCCCCUCUGAGGACCUACGGCAUGUUCUUGGUGGACCUCCGAGCUGCGGGCUCCGGGGAGGAGCUGCACGCGGGGCCGGUGGAGGUGCGCGUGGAUGCUGGGCAGAUCCACAUGGCGGGGCAUGCUGAGGAAAUGAAGCUGUGGUCCCUGAAUCCAACCACCGGCUUAUGGGAGGAGGAGACUGACUUCCACUCAGAGACUGCUGGGCGCCGGAGGCGGAGGGAGGAGCGGACGUUCCUCAUAGGCAAUGUGGAAAUCCGGGAGCGGCGGCUCUUCAAUCUCGACGUGCCGGAGCGCCGGAGAUGCUUUGUCAAGGUGCGCGCCUACAUCAACGACAAGUUUAUACCCAGUGAGCAGGUGGAGGGGGUGGUGGUGACCCUGGUCAAUUUGGAACCGGCCCCAGGCUACUCGGCCAACCCCCGCGCCUGGGGACGCUUUGAUAGUACUGUCACGGGUCCCAAUGGAGCCUGCCUUCCGGCUUUCUGUGACGCCGACCGGGCGGACGCCUAUACUGCCUAUAUUACGGCUGCCCUUGGGGGCGAGGAGCUGGAGCCGGCGCCUUCCAGCCCCCAGCCUCAUCCGGGGACUGUGGGCGUGACCCAGCCCUACCUGGACAAGCUGGACUACCGAAGGACGGACCACGAUGAUCCGGCUUUGAAGAAGAAUGGUUUCCGAAUUAAUCUGGCCAAACCCAACCCCAACAAUCUGGAUGAGAUCCAAGGCCCCAUAUACCCCUGGCGGAGCUUGCGGGAGUGCGAGGAUGCUCCAGUAACAGCCAAUCACUUCCGUUUCUCCCGGGUGGAGGCAGACAAGUAUGAAUACAAUGUGGUCCCUUUCCGGGAGAGUGAGCUGGCUUCCUGGACUGGUGAUUACCUCUCCUGGUGGCCCAACCCCCAGGAGUUCCGCGCCUGCUUCAUCAAGGUCAAGAUACAGGGGCCCCAGGAGUACAUGGUGAGGUCUCACAAUGCUGGGGGCAGUCAUCCUCGCACUCAGGGCCAGCUCUAUGGGCUGCGGGAUGCACGCAGUGUGAGGGACAUGGAGCAUACUAGCACCUCGGCAGCCUGUGUGGAGUUCAAGUGUAGUGGGAUGCUGUUUGACCAGCGCCUGUCAGACCGGACCCUGGUGACGCUGAUACCUCAGGGCAGCUGCCGACGGGUAGGCGUCAACAGUCUCCUGAGGGAGUACCUGGCCCGCCACCCGCCAGUGGCCCCGACUGAUGACCUGACAGGCUUCUCCAUGAUUGCACCUGUAGACCCCUUGGGCCACAAUUACGGCAUCUACACGGUGACAGACCAGAAUCCCCGGCUGGCCAAAGAGAUCGCCAUCGGCCGCUGUUUUGAUGGUACCUCGGACGGCUUCUCAAGGGAGAUGAAGGCAGAUGUGGGUAUAGCUGUAACCUUCCAGUGUCAGGAACGCCCGGCCGGCCAACGAAGUCUUUUCCAGAGGCUGCUGGACUCUCCUAGGACUGCACUCGAAGAUAUACGCCGGGAGAUGGGGGGACCUGGGCGUAGAAGCCUGUCUUCUCCCCCUACUCGCAGAGUUUCUGGCCGCAGAAGGAGGAUGGAAAUGCUCCAGCCUGAGGCAGGAACCGAGACCUUGACUCCUAGUCCUGAAGUUACCCUCUGAAUCCAAGGAAAUUCCUCCUGGCUCCCAACCCAAUGAUAAUAGCUGACCCAAAGGAAUCCCCUCAAAUCCCUGGCCCUAGAGAUGAUCCUUCAUCUCUCACUCCCAUCUCUAGGAAGCCCCCAACCCUAGAGAUACCUCCUGACUUCAAAGGAAGACCUCUAUCUUAGGCAUAUCACCAGCUCCCACCUUUCUUUCACCCUUCCUCCCCUCAACUCAGUCUCCUCCAUGUUCCCUAUUUGUUGCUUAGAAAAAGCCUAGAUUUCUGUGGAGGGAGCUAGGAGAAUGUGACUAUCUGUACCUCUCAGUCCAGGAGUGAGAGGAUGCUUCCAUCUUCCAUAGCUCAGUUUAGUCCUUUAACUACUGGGCCAGACUUUAUCUUCUUCCUGCCUGGGUUCCAGCGUUUACCCCCUGAUGGCAGUAACAGUUAUCCCACUUUCACUCACUUUAUAUUACAGACCCCUUAGGGUUAGACCUCAGGGUAAGUUUGGGACAGAUCAGUGGAAGGAAGGGGUCAGUUACUGAGAAAAGGAAUAGAACCAAGAUGAUGUGGGAUUGGAGAGAGAGUCUUAGACUGGGCAACAGGGACCCAGCUUCUAUUCUCAGUCUUGCUAACUCAUUUGUGUUCCCUUGGGGAAGUAAUUUUUGCACUAGACAUUGCAGGAUGGUAUGUUGGAAAGAGAACUGAUUUUUAGUCCUUUCUGUGGCUGACUCAUAAUGUAACCCUAGGCAAGUCACUUAAAAAUUCUCUAGGGCUCAGUUUUCUCAUCUGUAAAGUGGAAUGGUCUUUAUGGUCUCCUAGCUCUAAAAUUGCUUGGAUUAUGGGAUCAGAUGCCCUAGUCCUUUCCUGAACUAAUGUCAAAACCAUUUCCCUAAUAGCAAAUUGGCCAGUAUUUGAUAAGGACUCAGACUCCUAUAUAAAGAUUGAUUCCUUUGGGGAACUUUAGUACUAGGGUUCUAGAGCAGAUCCGGUCCCAUCCUCCUGGAAGUACCACACAGCAGCUGGUGAUCAUUGAUCCCUGGACCCUCAAUUCCAGUCAGUUCAAUAUACAUUGAGUACACCUGCUGUUUGGAGAACAUUGGGCUAGGUGGAAUAUAAAUAGGGGAGACAAAGUUUAAUAUGUCCCUGCCUGUCCUUAUGGAGUGCAUAGUCCUUUAAAGAAGGCAAGAAACAACCAAAUUAAAUAUAAUACACAGCAUUACCUGAUAAGUGUAUUAUUGAGGAGUAAGUCAAGUGCUAUAUCAGGUCUGUGAGGGUAGAUCAGUGCAAACCAGGAAACUCAAGGAAGACUUCCUGGAGGAGGUGGCAAUUUGGCUGGGCUUUAAAAGAUGGGUAGGAACUCAACAGGCAAAGAGACAGAGAGAAGGUAUUCUAUGAAUAGUAUAUAGCACAGAACACAGAGUAUGGUGGGUGUUUUGUUUUAUUUUGUUUUGUUUGGUGGGGGGAAAGGGAGGGGUUUAAGAGAGAGUUUUCCAGUUAGGCUAGAGCAAAGAGUAUAUGGAAGGGAAGAAUACAAGAAAGUUGGAGUGAUUGGUUGGGAUCAGAUGGCAGAGUUUUCAAAUGUCAAGAAGAGGAAUUUGAACUUAACCCUAGAGCCCAAAGGGAAUCCCUAAAAUUGGUAAAACAGUAGGCUAGUGUCAUUGAGUAGAAGGGGGUGGACUCCAACUCUUAUCCUCCAUCCAUUCCAUCCUGGGUUUCCAUUUAUCUAGCCUGGACAUAAGCCCCAAGGCAAACAUUUCUCUUCAUAGUCACCUUGGGUGAUUAUUAGUGGUGGGCAGCUUGGGACUACCCAGGCCAACAUUAGACCUGAGUAUCCCUCUUACUGAGGAACACUUCUCCCAUCCCACAAGCACUAUGUUUUGGUUAUUAAGGACUCAUACCUUCUGUUUUUUUUUAAGAACAUUUAUUAAAUAUUUUUCCUCUAACAGCUCAGUGAGGUAGGUAGAAAAAGUAUUAUUACCCCCAUUUUGCAGAUGAAGAAACUGAAGGUCAGGAAGCUUGUGAUUUGCCCAAUGUCACACUGUUGGAAAGUGACAGUGCUGAGCCCCAAACCAAGGUCUUCUGAUUCUAAAAGUCAAUACUCUUUCUAUUUCACCAGGGAUAUCUCCCUGGUGUGAGAGGUCUUGGGGACCUUACCCAGGUGAAGGGAUUGGGGCAAGGAUUUGGGGGGGUUAUUGUCUCCACUCCAUGAGGAUGGAGCCUUAAGGUGCUUACUCCCUUCCCUUUCCUCCUGUCUUUCCAUUGCUUGAUUCUCUGCUUAUCUCUUCCUUUGGGCUGACCAGCCCCUGCUUCCAACAUUCUAUCCUGUGGGGUCACUCCUGGCUACGUCAGCCAAUACCUGCUAUCCUGUUACACUCCUUGAGAAGGCAAUGGCCUUUUCAGGUCUGAACUCUGUCCCUUUAAGGCUCCCUUCCCUGAAGACCGGGGUAAGAGGUGCAGGUAAGGGUUUGAUUGUUUUUUUUGGGGGGGAGGCGGGGAGAGGGAGGGAAAGAGCUUGAUUCAGUAUUGACUGAACUGAUUUUUGAGACCUUUGGAUUUCCCACUGGGGGAUCAUAGUGCUCAUUCAUUUGGUGCUUGACGAUAUGGAGAGUGGAAAUAACUAGGUGCUCAUGAUUAAAGAUGCUUCAUUAAUAAACCUGUGGCUUAGGGGUCUUGUUGGGAUGUUUGGGGAUGGGUGAUAUAUGAGGUUGGGUGUGGAUGCAUGUAUCAUUCCCAUCUUAUAGAUGAGAAAACUAAGGGCCAGAAAGGGAAAGUAAAACCCAAGAUCACACAGUGAGUUUAUGAAAAAUCUGAGACUGUAAACUAGGUUUCUUGACCACCACAACACUCUAACUGAUCCCUCUGAUCCAACCAUUGAACCAGAGAUAAGGGGGAUAAGGAGUUCUGUUCUCCCUAACCAUCUUUAUGCUCCUCCAAAACACUUCUAGGCAAAUUCUUCCCUGAUCUCCAGGGUGGGAGGAGAGAGGUCCAUGCUGAGGGUUCAUCUGGAAAUGAAGAUGCACACAACCAUGUACCUUAGGAUCUUCCCACACCUGUAAACCGAUUUUCUAUUUCUGUAGGAGAAUACAUGCAGACCUACAGACGUGUCCCUCCAUAGUGUAGUUCUAUAUACAUAUGUCUGUUUAAAGAGCUCUUGGUUGGGAAAGGAGCUGUAACUAAGGAUUCUUUUACCUAGAACAAAAAUAUUGGGGUGGGGUGGGAAUUGGAAUAAACCUCAGUGUAGGGUAAGGGGCAGUGUCACAGAGAGUCUGCCAAAUUGGGUAACAAGACAUUUCAUCCCUCAGAGAACUUAGCCUGAGCGUCCAACCCUGGAGAGUUGAGAGGAAGAUGGAUUCCAGGAGAGGGGUAGAAAUGGGGGAUAUUUCCAUAAGGAAUGCUGUGUGGUAUGUAUUUGGUGGAAGACUGGUGGAUGCCAACAGAUAAAAUAGUCUCCGGGUUAAUUUAAAAUCAACUCAACGAAGAAAUGUUCCCCCAACUUCAGUCAUGUUAGUCCCUUAAGCCAAAACCCCAGUUAUCCUACCCUAGUUAAAGCUCUGACUGGAAGUCUGAUCCUGUGGCUUUCUCUGUGUUUCAAUUGUCCCAAAUAUAAAUGGGGUGGGAGGCGGGGGGCUGAAAUAAAUAGUCUCUUAGGUCCCUUUUAGCCCUGAGGUUCUGGUUUUAUAUUCUGGAGUCUUUCCAAGACCUUGUACCCUUAGGUCCCUCUCUGCCAUCAGUUUUAUAUGUUUUAGCUUUGAAUACUAUGGUCUAAACUUUCCUCCUCACUCUGACAUUCUGUGUUCCAAGCUCCUUUCCAGGUCUGACAUUCCAAGAUCGUCUCCAACUCUGACUUUCUCCGUUCCCAGACCCUUUCGGUCUCAGACAUCCCGUAUUCUGUGCACACAUGUGCAAAUCUGUGGGCAGACACACGUGCACACACACAGACAAACACGUGCAGAGCUCCCCCAGUGGCCCCAUUCUGCAAACACUUGUUGAAUAGAAAUGCUCCCUGAAUAAAGUAGCAGCCACUGGCCUGGCUGGGCCUCUGCUUAUUCUGGGCUGCGUCCUAGGCAGUGAAUAGGGUCUCGAGCAGGUCCCAGCUGGCCUGGAGGGGAAUGGAGGAAGGCAGGACUGUUUCAGUCCCAGGAGCCUCUCCUGAGCUGAGAAUUUAGUCCUCAUAGUUCUGCAUUCAGUGAGGGAUAGUGAGCCUAGGAAUAGCUGCUUGGGUGAAAGAUAAAAGGUUUGGCCUUCUGAGCAUGUCAAUUUAUUAAAUAAUGUGCAGCAAUUGCCUAACAAACCAGAACCAGACUUCCUUAGCUUAGGUUUGGACCUCCAAUAUAGGGAGUGACAGACUUUUAUACAUUAAAAAUCAUUAAUCAAAUAAGGCAAAUUAAUUAAAGGAAAAAAUGCAACAUCAGGUAAUCUGAUUCUAAUUGGAGGAAAGAUGAGGGGCUUACCAAGUUGGAAGGGGGACAGUAUUAGGGACAAUUUCCUGAAUUUAGAAAAACAGUUGUUCCACUCCCUCUAACUGUCUGUAAACAAUUAAAGGAACACAGAAACAAUAACUGAUUGAUCAGCAUGGGCUAGUUUUCCUUUU